AAAAAAUAAAAACACAAAAAGAAAUACUCCGUUAAAGACGAAAGAAAAGAAAAAGCAGGUAGGAAACCCUGUUGACUAACCAGCAUCGUUCAAUACCGUACACAGCUAGGGUUUGCCUCUUCCGUUGUAUUGUAUUACCGUAUUGUAUUGGAUUGGGUUGUAUUUCCUUCACAUUCGUCACUACAGUACUACUACUCACCCACCCUUUACCUAUCGACAUAGAAAAAAAUGCUCUCUCAUUAAACUCUCUCUUCUCUCUAUUCUCUUCUCUUAUCUUUCCUUUUUUUUUCUUUGAAUGCUUCCAAGCCAAACGGGAGACAAACAGGGGCAAAAUCCUCCCAUAUUAUCCGCAUUAGUAUAUCUUUAAUCCCUUGUCUUAAGCAAAACCAAAAAUGCCAACCCAAAUUUUUUUCAUUUCCAUUCUUUUUUUGCUCCUACUAAAGGCGACCAAACCAGAUCUUGUCACCGAUAGAGCAGCGCUUUUGGCGCUUCGUUCCUCGGUCGGAGGCCGAACCCUGUUCUGGAACAUCUCCAACCAAAGUCCAUGCUCCUGGGCUGGGGUUAGGUGCGAGCAGAACCGCGUUACAGGGCUUAGGCUACCUGGCGUUGCACUCUCAGGUCAAAUCCCUCCUGGCAUUUUCGGGAACUUGACUCAGCUGCGCACCCUCAGUCUCCGUCUCAACUCGUUAACCGGACAACUCCCUUCGGAUCUUGCUUUUUGUCAGAAUCUCCGAAACCUUUACUUGCAAGGGAACCGUUUUUCUGGUGAGAUCCCGGAGUUCCUGUUUGGUCUUCAUGGUUUAGUGAGGCUAAAUCUUGGCGGUAAUAAUUUUUCUGGGGAAAUCUCUGUUGGUUUCAACAAUUUGACAAGGUUAAGAACUUUGCUUCUUGAUAGCAACAGCUUUUCUGGGUCGGUACCUGAUUUGAGUUCUUUGCAAAAUCUCGAUCAGUUUAAUGUGUCAAAUAAUUUGUUGAACGGCUCAAUCCCAAAGGGGUUACAGAAGUAUGGGUCCGAUGCUUUUCUGGGGAAUUUGCUUUGUGGACUGCCACUUGACAAGGCUUGCCCUGCUACUGCUGCUGCAGGGAAUGCAACUGAGCCUGCCAAUCCGACGGACGUGAAUAAACACGAGAAAAAUAAGAAGAGCAAGUUGUCUGGGGGUGCAAUUGCAGGUAUUGUGAUCGGAUCUAUGCUGGGAUUUCUAUUGAUUGUUAUGAUUUUGAUGGUUUUAUGUAGAAAGAAGAGUAGCAAGAAAACGAGGUCAAUUGCCAUUGCUUCGAUUAAAAAUCAAGAAUUGGAGAUUCCUGGGGAGAAAUCAGGUGGAGAAAUGGAGAAUGGUGGAUAUGGGAAUGGGUAUUCAGUCGCGGCGGCAGCAGCAGCAGCAAUGGUGGGUAGUGGUGGAGUGAAAGCAGCUGAAACCAAUGGGACCGGAGCUAAGAAGUUGGUUUUCUUUGGGAAUGCAGCGAGAGUGUUUGACUUGGAGGAUUUGUUGAGAGCUUCUGCUGAGGUUUUAGGUAAAGGACCAUUUGGAACAACAUAUAAAGCAGUGUUGGAAGGUGGCAAUGCAGUGGCUGUUAAGAGGCUCAAGGAUGUCACAAUUUCUGAGAGGGAAUUUAAGGAUAAGAUUGAAGGGGUUGGAGCUAUGGAUCAUCAAAAUUUGGUCCCUCUCAGAGCUUACUACUUUAGUAGGGAUGAGAAGCUUCUUGUUUAUGAUUACAUGCCCAUGGGAAGCUUAUCUGCGCUUUUGCAUGGGAACAAAGGAGCAGGAAGGACUCCACUGAACUGGGACACUAGAUCUGGAAUUGCUCUUGGAGCUGCCCGGGGAAUCGAAUUCCUGCACUCUCAAGGCCCUAAUGUUUCUCAUGGAAACAUAAAGUCUUCAAAUGUCCUCCUCACUAAAUCCUAUGUAGCUCAAGUUUCAGAUUUUGGCCUGGCACACCUUGUAGGGCCUUCCUCCACUCCCAAUCGAGUGGCUGGGUACCGGGCACCGGAGGUGACUGACCCCCGCAAAGUAUCACAAAAGGCUGAUGUUUAUAGCUUUGGUGUGUUGCUUUUGGAGCUACUGACCGGGAAAGCCCCCACCCAUUCAAUCUUGAAUGAGGAAGGAAUUGACCUCCCAAGAUGGGUGCAGUCUGUUGUUCGUGAGGAAUGGACUUCUGAGGUUUUUGAUCUUGAGCUCAUCAGGUAUCAGAAUGUGGAGGAAGAGAUGGUCCAACUCUUGCAACUUGCAGUAGAUUGUGCUGCCCAAUACCCUGACAAUCGCCCCUCCAUGUCUGAAGUGACAACCCGAAUUGAGGAGCUACGUCGUUCUAGUUUGCGAGAAGAUCUGGAUGCACAGCCUGAUGAGGUCAAUGAUGCAGAUGACUCUCGAUAAGUUAUCUCAGGCCGGCCACCAUAACAUGUUCUCUGAUGGAUAGAUGGAUUGUCAUUCCUUUAUUAUGUCCAUAAUUAGCAUGAUAAGUUUGGUGGCCUUGUUGAAUGCUUGACCUCGAUCUAAUAUUCCUUUAUUAGGUGCCAAUUGUCUUUUUCUUUUUCCCCUCUCUUCUUUUCCCCUAAUUCUCCAUUGGCCAUUGUACUUGUUUUUCUUUUCCUUUAUUUUUUUUUUUCAUUUAUAGUUUGAGGUGGAAAUCUGUUCCUUUUGUUCUUGUUGGGUGGAUCUUGGUGGUUGUAAUUAUGACUUGUGCUUUUGCUUUUGAUUCAACUUAUCAUCCGUUUAAGA